AUGUUUUGGGUUGUGUUUACAGGAGCCAGCGCGGUGGCAUGCGUUUUUGCGUAUGGGAUGGUGGACCGAUAUCUCUCCUUCAAGCUGCACAGGCAUACGCACCCGUUUGUGUUGGUAACACUUUUCGCAAAUAUGACACUGUUGCUCUCGAUCACAUACCUGCUUCCACUCGAUGUGUUUUACUCAAACCAGACAAGCGGGCGGGAAGACGAGCGGCCAGAGCUGCCGAACCUCGCGUUGUUCUGGGCGGUGAUCUACUGGGCGGAGUUUGUGAUAUGCUGGUUGGUGUUCCCGGUGCUGAUUUCGUACGUGGAUCUCAAGUACUUGUAUCCGCGCGAGCCACAGGAGCCGGGGCGGCGCAGCGUGCUUCGGCGACUGCGAGGCGCCGUUAUAUGCAAUCUCAAGUUCUAUGGUCUUUGUCUACUGGGGGUGAUCUGCGGGCUGGUAUAUCUCAAGACGACGACCGAUCGCGGGGCGUCAGACAUAAAGCCACUACUCAUCGCGUUAUCGCACCUUUACUCGCUUCUCUACAUGUUGGUUUUGCUUGCGUUGGGGCUGGUGCUCCUGCCGCAGUCGUUGCUUCGGGAGGGCAGCGACGAGCGGCGAUUGUUUGUGGAGUUGAGCCAGGACAACGAUGCCUUGAACGAGGCGAGGCUGAACAUGACGGACUACGCCGAAAAGAUCAUCUCUCUUCCGUCGCAGAUGAACGGCGACGUCACACUCGAGCAAGUGAUCAACAGCUGCAAGCUGGAGGUGAACGCGGUGUUGAACGAGCUAAGUAUCAGGAUACCGGAGCUGCUAGUCGGCACCACCCAUUCCAGUGUCACGCUUGCGAAGGUCAAUGACUUCUAUAAUUCCUUUAUUACGGAGUACUACAACUACACAUACCACCAGAGCCGUUCUGAUAAAAUAAUCCAUACAUUAGCUGUGUCCCAGAACACCUCCGGCUCUGUCGCGCGCAUCAUUCGGCGCAAACUAAUGGGCUUCGCGACACUUAUCCUGUCGUUGCUGGUCGCACUGCUGGAGGUCACGCCGGCAAAGUUUGCUCACAGCUGGGUAUUCUGGGGCAACACCUGGUGGCACUUUGUGGUGGAGAUUGCCCUGUUGGUCUACUGCACUGUGUGUUCCCUAUACGCUAUGAGCAAGUUCAAAUUUCUCAACUUCCACCUAAUUGCGAAUGGAAGUAGCAAUCCGCGCAAUGCGCUCUACUACUCACUUUACUCCAGCAGGUUAUUGUUGCCUCUAUGUUUUAAUUUUAUCACACUAAUACCUUCUCAAGGCCGCUCAGCCACCAGUGGCUUCGAGAAGGCAUUAUACAAGGAGCUAGAGGUAAUACCAUUUGUGAAGUACUUGAACUUGUAUCUGCCGGUUGUGGUGAUCAUUCUCGUACCCUUGGCAUACCACUUUGAUUUCAAAGGUAAGAUACUUCUUAAGAUGUUUGGUGAGGAAUAUUACCACGAAUUUUUUGGAACCCUAUAUUACCCCAGCCAUGGAGAGGAGGCUCAAAGUCGCGGGUCAGGCUCCAGUGCACAUCGUCGUGAUGGGCGUAGGUCUCGCGUGGUCGAAGAUCUUGAAUAUUCACUACAAGACGGAAGAUAUUUGUUUGAAAGAGCCACAAAUAACUACGCCCUGAGAAACAACAGGACAGACAACCCUGCUGCGUCUCAUUACGUUUAA